GAUUGGUGUUUGUCAGCGCUGCGGAUCAGAUGAGCUUCAUUUGAGUCUGCAGAGACACUGAGCGGAGAAAAACAGCACACUUUAGUCUAAAUACUAAGUUUGUGCGUAGUUUUAGUGCUUUCCAGCUAUACUUUGUCGAAUUUGAGGACAUUUAUAAACUUUUAGUUACGACAAUCAGGUCGUAGUGAACGACUGGCUACAUUGUUAGCUGAGCUAUUUAUUUACGUAGCUAGGUUGCUGUUAGCAUUAGCCUACUUUAGCCUGCUCGGUAGAAGCUGCGGUUUUAAACCUGUGCAAAGCAGCUUCAUUUGGAUAAUAAAGGAACCGAAACACAACGGGGUUGCUGGAGUUCUGGAGCUGACAUUCAGGGUUGCUGUGUGGCACAGAGGAAUGAGUCAUGACCUCUGUGGUGGUAAUAGAUGGUGGAGGGAAUGUGCUGGAGUAUGUGACUGGAGAUGAGGAGGUACAGCAGGAGGUGUGUUCUGAUGGCAUGAUGUUGACCGACGACGAGGCUGAGUGUCCUGCGGUAAUCGUGGAGCAGGUGAACAGCGCUGAAGUGGAACAGUGCUACGCCGCUCAGGUGCUCGUCUACGAUGAUGAAAACACCUACGUAAUGCAGGAUGUGGCAGAGGAGCAGGUGGUGGAGCAGGUGGUGGAGACAGAGCUGCAAGAUGCUGGCAUAGUGGAGGUAUCUGUUCAUGACAAAACCAUUGAAGCAGCUGAAGCUCUGCUUCACAUGGACUCUCCAGCCAGCUUGCAUGGAGACCACAGCCCAGAGGAGCUUCUGUCUGAGAUGGAGGUGGAGGUGAGAACUGAGGAGAUGGGCACAGUCAUGGAGGAAUCCAACAGUGUGCUGCAGCAAGUAGACCUGCAAAAAAAGAAGAGAGGUCGGAAGUCCAAAUUGCCACGAGGAUGCUGCGAUGGCUCUUUAGAUAUCAUAUAUAAGCGGAAAUCAAAAGAAAGCAAGGGCACCACCACAUACCUGUGGGAGUUUCUCCUAGACCUCCUGCAGGAUAAAGAAACUUGCCCCAAGUAUAUCAAGUGGACUGAAAAAGAAAAGGGCAUUUUUAAGCUGGUGGACUCCAAGGCGGUGUCCAAACUGUGGGGCAAGCACAAGAACAAACCGGACAUGAACUAUGAGACUAUGGGAAGAGCACUCAGGUAUUACUACCAGCGAGGCAUUCUUUCAAAGGUAGAGGGCCAGAGGCUGGUGUACCAGUUUAAGGAGAUGCCCAAAGACAUUGUCUUUAUCGACGAUGACAUGGAAGACUGUGUGGAGAAGGGCAAGACAGAGAGCCUUACAGCAUCAGACUGCACAACUCCACGGAGAAGGAAGGAAAGAAUCUCUCCAGUCUCACCUACAACACCAAUCAGCAUUAUUACCUCAGGACCCGAAGGCAUCAUGUCAGUGCAACAGACUCCAGUUUCUGCAACAGGCCCUAGGACAAUGAGGCUUGCCAUACAGGUGCCGAUGGUCAUGACGACGGCCCAGGGUCAGAAAGUCUCCACGGUGACCAUAAACUCACCCCACGCCUCCUCUCCAGUCCUGACGGCAGGUGGCACGGUUGCGGGGACCAACAGUGCGGGAAAGUUGCUGUUGCAGACCAUGCCCACACUGGUGCCAGCACAAGGCCAGAACGGCGAGCGCAUCACGUUGCAACUCAUCACGCUCCCCGCAACGGCGGCUAAACCAGGAACGCCCAUCACACUUCGCACUCUUGCGCCCUUUACGGGUGCCCAGGUGUUGCAUCUUGCCAUGCCCACCACCACCCACGCCCCCAACACGGUCACUGUGCGUGCAGAGCCUUCUGUGACCAUGCGAGAUGUCAAGGUCAUAAAGCUCGAGCCUCUGGCAGAAAGCGCUGUCGCUGUCCAGGCCAUCACCCAGAGCUGAAGCUAAAAAGAAACAAGAGAACGUCAUCAUGAGGACUUGAGAGAUUAAAACCAAGCAGCACUACACAUAAACCCCACAUUCGUGCCCCAACACUAUGAUUGCAGGAAUCAUUCUCCAGCCUUAUUAUGUAGGUAGUGAUGCAUCAGCGCAGAGGAUGGCUUGGUUUUUUUUUUGUUUAUUCCAGCUGUUGUAUAGUUUUGCCCUAUCUGACCCAUUGACCCAUUGACCUGUUGACACAGACCGCCGAGUUUAUGGCAGUGAGCUAUAACUGGACAGAAGUAAACAGGACACUGUAAAUAAAACGACUGAAUACUUGUUGUAACAUGUAAAAAGACAAGCAAUCACAAAUCUUUUGUUUUCUCUGAACUUAUAAAGCUUUUCUCUGUGUAAAUAUGAAAUAAGAAUUUUUUUUUUAUAUUUUGUAUCAGGCAGUAUUUUUUUUUUUUAUUAUUAUUUUUUUUUAUUAUUACAAUUUUAAAAGCACCCAUGUUUAGAGGAGCUCUUUCAACUUUGUAGAAUGUAAUCAUUUCACUUUGUAUUUCUCCAGUAUCUUUUUGAUGCAUUUCUUUCCGACUACGCCUGUUCUAUCUUGUCGUCUCCACCACACAUUUCCUUGUCUUAUUUACUUGUGUAAAAAAGGGAGAAGCGCACAUGUUUGUUUGAACUAAAUAAUGGUCAAUAUUUGAAGCUUCUAUUUUGUUGUACUCCUAUCCAAGCUUGUAUCCAAGUAAAUUUAAAUAUAGAAGUUAUUAU